UCUCAUUGGUGCGCGUUUUUUGGCUCGCUGCUUAGCCCCGCUUUCCAUUGGUCUGCCGGGGUUGACAGUGAGCCACGGGGCGGGUCCCAGUGUAUGGAGAAAGCCCCGAGAGCACAAGUGGGUAUCAAUCAGACAGAGUCGGACCGACAGAGAGAGAGAAGCUGCGAGGAAGAAGUCAGACGCGGACAAAGAAAACAAAACGCGCUGGACGACGCACGACGAUGGCAACACGCGCGGGCCAAGACGUUUGACGCGGCGUCGCCUAGACGUAGUUGGGAUUACUUUUGGUGGCACUUCGGUGAGUUUCGCGUUGUAAACAUUGUCGUGCGCGUGAUUUUUUCUGUUGUUGCUGUGUGGACGGAGUUCUCGCUCCCCCGGCCCCGCCUCCCUCCCGUGGAUUUUGCGCGGACAGACAGAGAUGAGUGACAGGAGGCGCUCCGCCGCCGCGCUGAGCUCGAGAGCACACGCCUUCUCCGUGGAAGCGCUGAUCGGCUCGAACCGGAAAAGGAAGCUCCGGGGCUGGGAAGACAAGGAUCUUGAGCUGUCCAUGGAGAGCCUCGCCACCGGCGGACCUCUGGGAGACCCGGAGGACCGCGCGCCCUGCCUGGACAUGGAGCCUGACUCCGAGGCGAGUCCCAGCUCAGACGGAGAGGGUCUGGCCGAGAGGACGUCGUGCUCCUUCGGCUCCCCGGCGGACUUGGCCCCUGUCGCGGUUGCCUGCGAAGCUUCACCCCCGGCCUCCAUGGAGGAGAUCCACGUGGAGCUCCAGUGCGCGGACCUGUGGAAGCGUUUCCACGAGAUAGGCACGGAGAUGAUCAUCACCAAGGCGGGAAGACGCAUGUUCCCGGCCAUGAGGGUGAAGAUCCUUGGUUUGGACCCCCACCAACAGUACUACAUUGCCAUGGAUAUCGUCCCCGUGGACAACAAGAGAUACCGGUACGUGCUGCUGAGCUUCUCACCCUCUCUCCACACAACUAUUCACUGGUCAGCCACAGAAGAACAUUCAUAUAGGAAUUUAAUUACUACAUUACAUAUUGAAUCAGCGCUUCGGCAUGUUUACUUUUAGAUCCGCCAUUUUGUCUGAGGUUUU